AUUUAAUAACUUUUAUUAGCAACAUAAAAGAAGGCACAACACAUAUCCACUUGCCUGAAAAAAAAAUGUUGCAAAGGAAAACAAAAGUAAUGAAGCAGCACUGGACAACUGUCAAAGAAGAGCCCCAGUUAAUGGCUUCUACCACUGGAUUUUAUAUUUUUGGAACAUAAUCUUUAUAGCCAGGGAAGGAGGUUUAGCUGUUUUUCCACAGCUCAUAAAUGAUGAAGUUAUUUAUCUUCAUUAAUGUGUGCUGGGCUUUAUUUUCCUACAUGCUCAAUAUAGUUGGUAGAUCUAUUUUGAUAUUACUGAGCACUGCUUUGUGCCAGACACAAUUCUGGGGAUACAGCAAUGAGCAAAACAGUUUACUAAGUCCCUGCUUUUAAAAAUCUUACAUUCCUGGUGGUGAGGAUACUGAGAAACAAAUAAGGUCUGGAAGUUGUAAUUGUUAUGAAGAAAUAAAAGCAGGUAAAGAGUUAAAGCAAUGGUGCAGGUGUACUUUUUUGGAUACAGUGGUCUGGGCAGCCCUCUGAGAAGGGAUCUGAAAUAUGCAUCGAACAUCGACGAGUUAAAAAAAAUCUGGAGGAAAUGUUCUGCCAGAGAAAUCAGCAAGCGCAAAGGCCCGAAGUGGUUCGAGCCUGCGUGCUGUGGUACCAGCCAGAAAGUCAGAGGUGAACGAGGGGAGGCAGAAGCAUCAUCAUAAAUACAUGUAUGGAUGUUCUCCUGGCUUGAGACCACAGUGCUAAGGGAGGUGGGGUUUACAAAUCUCUCAGGAGGCCACAAAGGGCAGGAUGAAGCCCAUUUCCAACGGCGGAGCUACGAGGACGCCUUUCCUCUGCUAGGGCCAGGUUGGACGGUUGCAAGGGAUGGACUGCAACCCGCCCUCGGAAGACCAACCUUCGCCCAGGGGCAGGGACGGGCCGGGGAGGGCCUCGGAGGCCCCCGACCCGCGGGCGCUGCACGGGCCGCGGUUACCAGCAGGCGGUGUAGUGAGCGCGCCUGCAGCAGCAGCACCACCAGCAGCAACAGCAGCAGCAGCAGCAGCAGCAGCAGUCGCCGCCGCCGCCGCCGCCCGCCAGUCCCAACGAGGAGAAAGGAGGGGACCGGAAGGAGCCGCUGGUGCUGCGGGAAGUGGCAGGAGCGGGAGGCGGGGAGCCACCUGGAAGCGCCGCGGCGCCGCUAUCGAGCUUCCUGCGGCGGUGGCCACCCAAGCAAGUGCCGUGGCGGGGGCGGAGAGCGGCCACGGCGACGGCGCCUUCCCAAGUGGCCCGUUGCGUCCGACCCCGCGUGAAAGAUAUCAAGUUGUUCUAGUACGACCAUAUAAAUAAAUAAUACCUGAAGUCUCAGUGUAACAUGGACAAUUAACAGUGAUGACAGAUAAAUACAGACGCAUGGGGAUCAAAUACUAGGCGAAACGCUUUUUAAAAGUGUAUCAGCCUUUUAAGAAACACUGCAGGAUCCUGUCUAUCUUAAUGCUGAUAGAGCUCAGCUGUUUCCCAAUGAGUGGAUCAUGAUGACCGUAUUGUAGGGACUUGCCAUAGUAUGGCUGCUUCCCGAUCUACUCGUGUUACAAGAUCAACAGUGGGGUUAAACGGCUUGGAUGAAUCUUUUUGUGGUAGAACUUUAAGGAAUCGUAGCAUUGCGCAUCCUGAAGAAAUCUCUUCUAAUUCUCAAGUACGAUCAAGAUCACCAAAGAAGAGACCAGAGCCUGUGCCAAUUCAGAAAGGAAAUAAUAAUGGGAGAACCACUGAUUUAAAACAGCAGAGUACCCGAGAAUCAUGGGUAAGCCCUAGGAAAAGAGGACUUUCUUCUUCGGAAAAGGAUAACAUAGAAAGGCAGGCUAUAGAAAAUUGUGAGAGAAGGCAAACAGAACCUGUUUCACCAGUUUUGAAAAGAAUUAAACGUUGUCUUAGAUCUGAAGCACCAAACAGUUCAGAAGAAGAUUCUCCUAUAAAAUCAGACAAGGAGUCAGUAGAACAGAGGAGUACAGUAGUGGACAAUGAUGCAGAUUUUCAAGGGACUAAACGAGCUUGUCGAUGUCUUAUACUGGAUGAUUGUGAGAAAAGGGAAAUUAAAAAGGUGAAUGUCAGUGAGGAAGGGCCACUUAAUUCUGCAGUAGUUGAAGAAAUCACAGGCUAUUUGGCUGUCAAUGGUGUUGAUGACAGUGAUUCAGCUGUUAUAAACUGUGAUGACUGUCAGCCUGAUGGGAACACUAAACAAAAUAGCAUUGGUUCCUAUGUGUUACAGGAAAAAUCAGUAGCUGAAAAUGGGGAUACGGAUACCCAAACUUCAGUGUUCCUUGAUAGUAGGAAGGAAGACAGUUAUAUAGACCAUAACGUGCCUUGCACAAAUUCACAAGUGCAGGUCAAGUUGGAGGACCACAAAAUAGUAACUGCCUGCUUGCCUGUGGAACAUGUUAAUCAGCUGACUACUGAGCCAGCUACAGGGCCCUUUUCUGAAACUCAGUCAUCUUUAAGGGAUUCUGAGGAGGAAGUAGAUGUGGUGGGAGAUAGCAGUGCCUCAAAAGAGCAGUGUAAAGAAAACACCAAUAACGACCUGGACACAAGUCUUGAGAGUAUGCCAGCCUCCGGAGAACCUGAACCAUCUUCUGUUCUAGACUGUGUUUCAGCUCAAAUGAUGUCUUUAUCAGAACCUCAAGAACAUCGUUAUACUCUGAGAACCUCACCACGAAGGGCAGCCCCUACCAGAGGUAGUCCCACUAAAAACAGUUCUCCUUACAGAGAAAAUGGACAAUUUGAGGAGAAUAAUCUUAGUCCUAAUGAAACAAAUGCAACUGUUAGUGAUAAUGUAAGUCAAUCUCCUACAAAUCCUGGUGAAAUUUCUCAAAAUGAAAAAGGGAUAUGUUGUGACUCUCAAAAUAAUGGAAGUGAAGGAGUAAGUAAACCACCCUCAGAGGCAAGACUCAAUAUUGGACAUUUGCCAUCUGCCAAAGAGAGUGCCAGUCAGCACAUUACAGAAGAGGAAGAUGAUGAUCCUGAUGUUUAUUACUUUGAAUCAGAUCAUGUGGCACUGAAACACAACAAAGAUUAUCAGAGACUAUUACAGACGAUUGCUGUACUCGAGGCUCAGCGUUCUCAAGCAGUCCAAGACCUUGAAAGUUUAGGCAGGCACCAGAGAGAAGCACUAAAAAAUCCCAUUGGAUUUGUGGAAAAACUCCAGAAGAAGGCUGAUAUUGGGCUUCCAUAUCCACAGAGAGUUGUUCAGUUGCCUGAGAUCGUAUGGGACCAAUAUACCCAUAGCCUUGGGAACUUUGAAAGAGAAUUUAAAAAUCGUAAAAGACAUACUAGAAGAGUUAAGCUAGUUUUUGAUAAAGUAGGUUUACCUGCUAGACCAAAAAGUCCUUUAGAUCCUAAGAAGGAUGGAGAGUCCCUUUCAUAUUCUAUGUUGCCUUUGAGUGAUGGUCCAGAAGGCUCAAGCACUCGUCCUCAGAUGAUAAGAGGACGCCUGUGUGAUGAUACCAAACCUGAAACAUUUAACCAAUUGUGGACUGUUGAAGAACAGAAAAAGCUGGAACAGCUACUCAUCAAAUACCCUCCUGAAGAAGUAGAAUCUCGCCGCUGGCAGAAGAUAGCAGAUGAAUUGGGCAACAGGACAGCAAAACAGGUUGCCAGCCGAGUACAGAAGUAUUUCAUAAAGCUAACUAAAGCUGGCAUUCCAGUACCAGGCAGAACACCAAACCUAUAUAUAUACUCCAAAAAGUCUUCAACAAGCAGACGACAGCACCCUCUUAAUAAGCAUCUCUUUAAGCCUUCCACUUUCAUGACUUCACAUGAACCGCCAGUGUAUAUGGAUGAAGAUGAUGACCGAUCUUGUUUUCAUAGCCACAUGAACACUGCUGUUGAAGAUGCAUCAGAUGACGAAAGUAUUCCUAUCAUGUAUAGGAAUUUACCUGAAUAUAAAGAACUAUUACAGUUUAAAAAGUUAAAGAAGCAGAAACUUCAGCAAAUGCAAGCUGAAAGUGGAUUUGUGCAACAUGUGGGCUUUAAGUGUGAUAACUGUGGCAUAGAACCCAUCCAGGGUGUUCGGUGGCAUUGCCAGGAUUGUCCUCCAGAAAUGUCUUUGGAUUUCUGUGAUUCUUGUUCAGACUGCCUACAUGAAACAGAUAUUCACAAGGAAGAUCACCAAUUAGAACCUAUUUAUAGGUCAGAGACAUUCUUAGACAGAGACUACUGUGUGUCUCAGGGCACCAGUUACAAUUACCUUGACCCAAACUACUUUCCAGCAAACAGAUGACAUGGAAGAGAACAUCAUUUACUAGUCCUCUUCAACACAUAGCAAUGGUAUCAUUGUUAAUUAUGUGCACAGUUUGGAAAGAUUCUCUGCUUUCCCAGAAAUGACACUCACAGCAUGAGGGCUUCCUGAGUGUUCUCGUCAAGUACAGCUCUGCACCGUUGUGGCUCUAGAUCACUGUUCAGCAGCUGAACAUUCCUGGUGAGCAAAGGGUUUCCCUGGUGAAUUUUUCACCACUGCAUUUUAGGUGGUGAUCUUAAAUGGGUGAGAUGGAACGAGAGCACACAUUAAAGAGAGAGUAAAUUCCAAAGGUUUCAAAGAACUUGGUCAUAAAUAUGAUAAUGAGAAGACAAAGUAUUUAUAUUAAAACAGUUUAGUAGCCUUCAGUUUUGUGAAAAUAGUUUUCAGCACAGAAACUGACUUCUUUAGACAAAGUUUUAACCAAUGAUGGUGUUUGCUUCUAGGAUAUACACUUUAAAAGAACUCACUGUCCCAGUGGUGGUCAUUGAUGGCCUUUAGUAAAUUGGAGCUGCUUAAUCAUAUUGAUACCUAAUUUCUUUUAACCACAAUGAAUUGUCCUUAAUUACCAACAGUGAAGCACUACAGGAGGCAACUGUGGCAUUGCUUCCUUAACCAGCUCAUGGUGUGUGAAUGUUAUAAAAUUGUCACUCAGAUAUAUUUUUAAAUGUAAUGUUAUAUAAGAUGAUCAUGUGAUGUGUACAAACUAUGGUGAAAAGUGCCAGUGGUAGUAACUGUGUAAAGUUUCUAAUUCACAACAUUAAUUCCUUUAAAAUACACAGCCUUCUGCCUCUGUAUUUGGAGUUGUCAGUACAACUCAUCAAAGAAAACUGCCUAAUAUAAAAAUCAUAUAUAUGGUAAUAAUUUCCCUCUUUUGUAGUCUGCACAAGAUCCAUAAAAGAUUGUAUUUUUAUUACUAUUUAAACAAGUGAUUAAAUUUAGUCUGCACAGUGAGCUAAAGGUUCACAUGCAUUCUUUUAUACUGCUGGAUUUUGUUGUGCAUCAUUUAAAACAUUUUGUAUGUUUCUUCUUAUCUGUGUAUACAGUAUGUUCUUGAAUGAUGUUCAUUUGUCAGGAGAACUGUGAGAAAUAAACUAUGUGGAUACUGUCUGUUUAUAUUA